AGCUAUGCUGUAUAUCAAGGGUGUCAAACUGGCGGCCCACCAGCUGUUGCCAAACUACAAGUCCCAUGAGGCAUUGCAAGAAUGACGGUUACAAGCAUGACUCCCAAAGGCAUAGGCAGUAUGGGACUCUUAGUUUGGCAACAGCUGGAGAGCCGCCAGUUUGACAGCCCUGUUUUAGGGCAGGGGUGGGCAACUGUGGCCCUCCAGCUGUUGGUGACCUACAAGUCCCAUCAUGCCUCUGCCUUUGGGAGUCAUGCUUAUAACUGUCAGUUUUGCAAUGCCUCAUGGGACUUGUAGUUCUACAACAGCUGGAGGGCCACGGUUGCCCACCCCUGACUUAGG